UGAAUUCAGGUCCCCCUGACUUCAGGGCUGGUGCUCUAACCACUGCCCCACUGGCUACCUGCCCCUCAAAUGCAUUCUUGACCAAGAUACUGGAGGUGGUUUGCCAUUUCCUUCUGCAACUUCAUUUUAUAGAUGAGGAAACUAAGGCAAACAGAAUUCAGUUAACUUGUCCAGGUCCCAUUGCUAGUAAACAUCUGAGGGCAGAUUUGAAUUCAGGAAGAUUCAGGGCCUAAAUCCAGGCCCAGGUCUUUAACCACUGGACAACCAACUGCUCUUUUUCCUUUUAUACGGACUGAAAAGAAAAACCUCAGACUAGUGGAGGACCGGCCAAAUCUACUUUAGUGAAAAGAUAAGAGUCCAUUUUCAUUAGCAUAUUAAUUGAAUGCAAAUAGUACUUGAAAACUAUUUGCUCUGUUGAGGAUGUUCGCCAUCCACACCUCCCCCACCCAUCCCCACUUAUAGUUUACUUUUUAUUAAGCUUAUUUAGCUCCCCCACUUUUCUGGUGGGGUUGAGAGGCUAAGGCCAACUACGUCCAAAUUGUCAUAAAUUUGGAGUUAAGUGAAAUCACAUCCAUUUGGAAUCCAUUGGGGGAAAGGAGGAACCUGAAUUUAGGAAUAGAUAGAGCAAGUUUUCCUUUCAGACCAUCUCAGAGUGGAGGAGGGGAACCAUAAGGGAGAGAUGGGAACCCCAGAGUUAAAGAAAACUGUAGGGGGAGAGCAGGAAGCUGAGGUAAAGAUGGUGGAUCUCACCGGAGAGGGCUUUGGUGGGGAAAAGAUAAAAAUGAGAGGACAAUGAGAAAAAUUGGAUUCUUAUUUCUGUGGGAGAAAAGGGCCCCCCGGGUGAUGUUUUUGGGUGUAUAUUUUUCCGCCUCUCAGAAGCUGACUUCUGAGAGUGCCUUUUGCUCACUCCCUAUGCAUCCUCUAGCUGUAGCAAUUUCCCUUGGUCUGGGAGAGAAAAGAGACUCAGAGGUGAUCUCAUGCAGUCUGUCCAUUUUCCUCUUUCUUUAUCUCCCUGUAGCAACGUCUGCCUCUGAUUCUCUCUUCUUUCCUUUGCUGCUUCAUCUUUUCCCCCUUUUGCUCUCUCUCCCCCUUUGUCUCUCUCCCAGGAUCUUAGCUCCCUCUUGGCCAGCAUUCCCUCCAAGACUGCAGGAUGGAGUUUGCCGGCCUUUUGUCUCUUGGGAGAAAGCUAGGGCCAGGAGGGAGGAGCCUAACCCAGCCUUUGACCAUUAUUGUCCACCCUUUGUGGGCCUUGGAAAGCCUCCAGGGCAGGCCUAGUGGAUAGUCUGCUGCUGAAUCAUCCAACUUCCCUACGGAGAGAAAGUGGGCUUUACUCUGGGAGAGAGUGGUCUGACCUUUCCUUCUCUGCCCCCCACUCCCACCCUAAACUUUUCCAGUGGCCCUUAUCAUGAAUCUCAGUGUGGAAGGGCUGGAUGAACAAAUAGGGCUGUCUUUUCUCUUCCUCCCCUACUUCUGAGGGCCCUGCUGGGAUAAGAUUGCAGCCUCUUUUUCCAGUAUGCACAUUUUAAAGAGCUGUUUCUGGAGGCCACCCUUGGCCCCAGCUGAACUCUUACCCCCUCCUCCAUAGGGGAGAAGGCAGCUAUCUGGGCCAUGUGUGGUUCUGGGCUUUGGAGGGAGAGCCAGCUUAGCCAGUUUGGGACAAAGGGACCAACCCCUUCAUUUUACAAAUAAGGAAGCUGAGAAGCAACGAGAUAUAGCAGAAAGUCAUCUGGAUUGGAAUCAGAAAAGCAGAGGUUGAAUCCUGACUAUCAUUUAAUGCCUGGCUCUGCUCUCAUCUUGGUGUGAAGAGUUGGGUCGGCUGCUUCUCCUCCGUCACCAGAAAAGCCGUCAGAGUGAUCCUCCUGGGAAACUCCCCAUGCAGCCUCCCCUUAACUCCAUGAGCUCCAUGAAACCCACACUGUCACACAGUGAUGGGUCGUUCCCCUAUGACUCUGUUCCUUGGCAGCAGAAUACCAACCAGCCACCAGGAUCCCUUUCCGUGGUCACUACUGUUUGGGGAGUGACUAACACGUCCCAGAGCCAGGUCCUAGGAAACCCCAUGGCCAAUGCCAACAAUCCUAUGAAUCCUGGCGGAAACCCCAUGGCAUCUGGAAUGACGACCAGCAAUCCUGGCAUCAACUCCCCCCAGUUUGCUGGGCAGCAGCAGCAGUUCUCAGCCAAGGCGGGCUCCACUCAGCCCUACAUCCAGCAGGGGAUGUAUGGGCGGCCCAACUACGCGGGCAGUGGAGGGUUCGGGGGCAGUUACCCCGGUGGUCCCAAUGCCCCUGCGGGCAUGGGGAUCCCUCCUCAUACCCGGCCACCCGCAGACUUCACUCAGCCAGCAGCAGCGGCGGCAGCAGCUGCAGUGGCAGCAGCGGCAGCCACAGCCACCGCCACGGCCACUGCCACAGUAGCAGCUCUUCAGGAGACCCAGAACAAGGACAUGAACCAGUAUGGACCGGUCUGUUCCUCUUUCCAGAUGGGUCCGACUCAGGCGUACAACAGCCAGUUCAUGAACCAGCCUGGGCCCCGAGGGCCUGCCUCCAUGGGGGGAACCAUGAAUCCCACCAAUAUGCCUGCUGGCAUGACACCUACCAAUAUGAGCGGCCCCCCCAUGGGCAUGAACCAGCCACGGCCUCCUGGGAUCAGCCCCUUCAGCACACAUGGACAGAGAAUGCCGCAGCAGGCCUACCCUGGUCCCCGACCCCAGUCUCUUCCUAUACAGAGCAUAAAAAGACCGUACCCAGGAGAACCCAACUAUGGAAACCAGCAAUACGGACCAAAUAGCCAGUUCCCAACCCAACCUGGUCAGUACCCGGCCCCCAAUCCUCCAAGACCUAUCACGUCUCCCAACUAUCCUGGGCAGCGGAUGCCAAGCCAACAGAGUACAGGGCAGUAUCCACCCCCAACGGUCAAUAUGGGGCAGUAUUACAAGCCAGAUCAGUUUAAUGGACAGAAUAACACCUUCUCGGGAGGCAGCUACAGUAACUAUAGCCAAGGAAAUGUUAAUAGGCCCUCCAGGCCAGUACCUGUGGCAAAUUACCCUCACUCACCUGUUCCAGGAAACCCAACCCCACCCAUGACUCCUGGGAGCAGCAUCCCUCCGUAUCUGUCUCCCAGCCAGGAUGUUAAACCACCAUUUCCUCCUGACAUUAAGCCAAAUAUCAGCGCUUUGCCCCCACCUCCAAGCAACCACAACGAUGAGCUCCGGCUGACCUUCCCUGUGCGGGACGGAGUGGUGUUGGAGCCCUUCCGGUUGGAGCACAACCUGGCUGUCAGCAACCACGUCUUUCACCUAAGGCCCACUGUCCACCAGACGCUGAUGUGGAGGUCUGACCUGGAGCUGCAAUUUAAGUGCUAUCAUCAUGAGGAUAGGCAAAUGAACACCAACUGGCCAGCCUCAGUCCAGGUCAGCGUCAACGCUACGCCUCUCACCAUUGAGCGCGGAGACAACAAGACCUCUCAUAAACCUCUGCAUCUCAAGCACGUCUGCCAGCCAGGAAGAAACACCAUCCAGAUCACGGUCACCGCAUGUUGUUGUUCUCAUCUGUUCGUGUUGCAGUUAGUACACAGGCCCUCUGUCCGCUCCGUCCUGCAGGGCCUGCUCAAGAAACGCCUCCUGCCUGCCGAGCACUGCAUCACAAAGAUCAAGCGGAAUUUCAGCAGCGUGGCCGCCUCUUCGGGCAAUGCUACCCUCAACGGGGAGGACGGUGUGGAACAGACGGCAAUCAAGGUAUCUCUGAAGUGUCCCAUUACAUUCCGGCGGAUCCAGCUACCGGCGAGAGGCCAUGAUUGCAAGCACGUCCAGUGCUUCGAUUUGGAAUCAUACUUGCAGCUGAACUGUGAGAGGGGUACCUGGAGGUGUCCAGUGUGCAAUAAAACUGCUCUGCUUGAAGGCCUGGAGGUGGAUCAGUACAUGUGGGGAAUCCUGAAUGCCAUCCAGAACUCGGAGUUUGAAGAAGUUACCAUCGACCCCACAUGUAGCUGGAGGCCAGUCCCCAUCAAAUCUGAUAUCCACAUCAAGGAUGACCCGGACGGCAUCCCCUCCAAAAGGUUUAAGACAAUGAGUCCCAGCCAGAUGAUCAUGCCCAAUGUCAUGGAAAUGAUUGCAGCUCUGGGCCCUGGCCCGUCCCCCUAUCCACUUCCUCCCCCGCCUGGGGGCACCAACUCCAAUGAGUAUAACAGCCAAGGCAACAACUACCAAGGCCACGGUAACUUUGACUUCCCCCAUGGGAACCCCGGAGGGACGUCCAUGAAUGACUUCAUGCACGGGCCCCCUCAGCUCUCCCACCCCCCGGACAUGCCCAGCAACAUGGCUGCCCUGGAGAAACCCCUCAGUCACCCCAUGCAAGAAACUAUCCCACAUCCUGGCAGUUCUGAUCAGUCCCAUACUUCCAUACAACAAGGUUUGCACGUACCACACCCCAGCAACCAGUCAGGGCCACCAUUACAUCACAGUGGGGCUCCUCCUCCUCCUCCUCCUCCACCUCCUCCUCCUCCUCCUUCCCAGCCGCCCCGGCAACCGCCUCAGGCUGCUCCCAGCAACCAUCCACACAGCGACCUGACCUUUAACCCCUCCACAGCCUUAGAGGGUCAGGCCGGAGCACAGGGAGCGUCCGACAUGCCGGAACCUUCGCUGGAUCUUCUUCCAGAACUCACGAAUCCAGAUGAGUUGCUCUCGUACCUGGACCCUCCUGACCUGCCGAGCAAUAGUAACGACGACCUUCUCUCGCUUUUUGAGAACAACUGAAGCUCUCAGCUUUUAAUCAGUCCCCUUCCCCUUCCCCACACAUACACACACAUGCACACGCAUGCAAACACACACAUACACACACAUACACACAUGCUUCUCCACCCUAUGUAGCCAUGGUUCUCCCAAGUUCUUGACCCCAGAACUUCUCAUUUGGAGGUGGGGUGAGGUCUCUCCCUGCUAUCCCCUUCUCAGAACCAUUGGCACUCAGUGGGGAGACUGCAGGAGAGGAAAUGGUACCUAAUGGGUUGGGGGCCCUUAGAGCACCUGCUCCUGGCCCUGGCGUGGCAAAGCCUAAAGCCCAGGGCAACUGCAUUUCUGCCCACAUCCAACACAGAGCUACAAAGAAGAGCCUUGUGAUGGAGAAAACCAUCCCAGUAUAUCUCUAGCUCAGCAAGGAUGAGAAAGUGGCUCUCUCUCUCCCCUCCCAGCCCAAUUUCUCCCAAGCUGACCCAGUGUCAGAAAAGAACGUUCUAACCCAGGGGUCUUCCAUUUUUGAAACUGAGAAUUCUCCCCAUCCACCAACUUCCCAGACUGGACACCUGAGCAUUCACAGAACCAGAAAUAUGGAGAGAGAUGGAUGGAACGGGCACAGUACCCUGGGGAGGGGCAACCCACAUGGGAGCGAGCCCUGUGGGUGCCAGUAAGAGCCACCAAAGUCACCACCACCGGAAAAGCACAAGCCGUCCAAGAGAGAACCCCACCAGGCCAGAGCAGAGCGUGCUUUCUCCCGUCUUCUUCCUGGAGCUGAGGAUUGCCGCUCUUGACCUCUGACAGACCCUGCAAGGGGUCGUGCUACCCAGAGGUUCCGAGAGAAUGGAUGGAGACUGAGGCAUCUGAAAGGAUGGGGAAGGGAGAGUUGUUGGUGUUUUGGGUUCCAGCAGAAGUAGGGAACCAUGGGAUUCUCUCUCAGAUCACGGACAGUAAAGAGAAUUUCCACUGCCUCUUUUGAAUCAUAAGAGGACCUAUAGUUCCCUCAGCCAGAAAUGCGAGAGAGCCUCUGUCCCUUUCCUUUGAGGAAGGGGAGAAGGGGUGGGGAUGAAAAUGUGGGAAAGGAGGCAGACACAGUAAUGUAUACUGUUACUCCCAACUUACUCCUUAAAAAAAAAAAAAUACACACACAAAAAAGGACAAAAUCAGUUUUAAAUCCUCUGCAGAAAGGAACACUGGGUCCUGAGAGAUGAGUGACUUCCUUUUUUUGUGUUUCCUUCUCCCCCCUUCAUCCCUCCCUCAUCUCCAGGACUAUUUUGUGUUGUCUGGCCUUCACACUGCCUCCCCCACCCACCCAACACCCCUUCCCCCUUUUUUGUCCUGUUAAAUAUCAAGAUUUGCAGAGAAAAAGAAGGGCGGUGAGCUCGAGGUUGAACAUGGCUUGGUCUUGAUGCCUGAGAGAGCCAUUGUUUAGCAUUGUCUCUUCUGGGCAUAGUGGGCUGCAUCUCCAGCUCCAACUCCUCGUCUCUCGAUGGGCCACGGCCUCCAGGGAGCACUACACAUAGCUGCAUAUGUGCCAUCCUGCCCUUUAAGGAAUCCCAUCUUGUGGACCUUUCUUCACCCUCGGUAAAAUUAACUGAUGUUCCCCUCUCACUGGGACAUGAAGCAUUGUCCCUCCAUCUGUCUCUUCAAAGCCCCUGUCCCAGGUCCUCACGCCCCUGUCCCAUUUCUCACAUAGCCAUUUUAAUGUAUGAUUUUAUUUGGGGUUAGCUUGCAUUUCUGUCAGUGGCCUGCUCUGGGCUCAGAUGAUGCUGGAUUUGCUCCCAGUCUCUCAAAUCUGUAAAGUCUUUGCUUCAAGUUCCUUGCUGUCGUCACUGCCCACCCCCCACCCAGCUGAUCUUUAUUUCUCCCCCUCUCUGGGCACCCCUAGCCCCUUGCUGUAGAUAUUACAGGAAACGGUGGUCGCUUUCAUUUAUUUCCAGGCCCCCAUAUUCGGACCACCAGGUUUUCUGUAGAGAAUUUGCCAUCACACCUUUGUACUGGUUGGUUUGGUUUUUUGCAUUUUUCUCAGAUGACAAGUUGUUCAGUAUGCAAAAUCAAUUAUUUUAAGAAUCACUAUUGUAAAUAUCUUUGUGAAUAUUUUAGUAUCGUCUUUGAUAAUAUUCAACAUUUUCAUGACCCGGUUAUAUCCUUUGCUGGUGUUUUUAAAUACCUUGACUGAAGAUGAAAAAAAAAAGAGUCCUUUUUUAGAAAAAAAAAAAAAGUAAAACAAAAAAAAUUCAAAAGUUCUUUUUACAGACUUAAGGGAAUGAAAUUUCUUUUUAUUUUGAAGAUGUCAGCUCACCCAUUUGAUCCAUUUCCCCAAUCCUUUGGCAGUAGAGCAAACAGCAAAACAAGCAGCAUGAGGUUGAAUCUGGCUUGCUUCCAGGCGUGUUCCAGAUGUUACCACCCCUGGUGUGCCCUGCCAUCUUCCACCUCCUCUCCAUCCAAACCGCACAUACAAACACAUGCAUAUGCACACACACACACACACACACACACACUUGGGAUAGAAUGUGAUUGGGGGGAGGGACGGGGGAGAGAACGGGCCAGUCCAUUGUCUUCUGUGUGGGAUGAUCUCUAUGGGAAGGUCAGCCCUCUAGCCAGAAUCGAAGGGUCCUUAGAUGCCAGGUAUUGGGGCCAUCUCUGAGGGACCCUUUGGAUGUGCUCACAAGUGAUGAAUUGUCUUCCCCACUGCUAUUCUCCCAUUUGCGCUGUAGCAGGGUUUCCCAGUAUAAAUCGGCACCUGCUAACCAGUUUUCCCACUUCUCAGCGCUUCUCUCCUAGGAAGACAUGUUUCCUGGCCUUGUCUAGCAAGUUAGUCUCAGUCAAGCAUUUUCCUUUAGACUUAAGCAUCAGCUUUCUCAAACAGGCAGUGAGCGAGAGAGACCAAGAGUUUUAGAGGGAGCCUUUACCAUAUUGUUUUGGGGGAAGGGACAGGGACAAGUACAUAAUGAAAGGAAAUCUAGGCUCUGGCUCCUUUUUUUCUUUUUAAGCUGUCAAAGGCACUAUUAUCCAGAAUAAGAUCAGCAAAGAGGUAAAUGCGAGUAGAAAUGAUGGUUACGUAAGCAAAGGUGGUUCUCGAAUCCCAAGAUGGUACCUAUUGCUCACAUCUUGGUGGAUGGAGUUGUUGGAGCUCUCAGAAUCUCGAAGGUAUCCAGUGCUUCAGAACAGCUACACCUAAAGGAAAACUGCCCACGGGAUCUACUGGCAUGUUUGUGUCCAUUUUGCCAAAGUUAAUUACAAGGUGGGAUGGGGGGGUAGGAAAGCUCUGGGAAAGAAAUACGAGCACCCCUACCCUUUGGGCUUUUUAAAGCUUUAUUUGUGUAUCAAAUUCCCGGUAGAUUUUUUGUUCUCCAGAUUAAAAUAUAUAUGUAUAUAUAUAUUUCCCCCUUCCCCCAAUGGAAGCCCUAACGAACCCACAGAGAUCUACACUUCUGCUCACUGAUAGAACUUAGGACCGACCCGUCAGACACCGCCGUGUCAGCAGCAGAGACUCAAGGGACACGUCUGUAUAUAUGUAAAUGAGAAAUAGAGACCUGUUAACAGAGAUGCAUUCAUCUUCCUUGGAAUGUGCAUUUGAUUUUAUUUUGCAAAAAAGACAAACAAACAAACAAAAAAAAGCUUGGAGCUCCAUCUCAUGUGGAAAAAAAAAAAAAUAGAUCUGUCUGUUAGCGUUUGUGAAGUCUCCGCAUUGGAUUCACACUCUGUGAUAUACACUGACCCUGUGUGGAAAGUUUUGCUUUGUUCUGUUUUUAUUUUAUCUACAUGUACUCUUUAGCUUCAAUGUGCUAGUCCUCUCACCUGUGUAUUUUUAGGGUGCUAAGAAAACAAUGAAGAAAAUAAAGGAGAUUUAAAAAGAUUGUAACCAAAUUCAUACUUUGUACAAUUUUUGAUAUCAUGAUCAGAGGUGAAUGACAUGCCCACACACAGGCGCGUGCAUGCACGUGCACUCAUGUAAGUACAGUCGGAAGUAACUUCUGCAGAAAUGGUCAUUGUCUUUGUUUGUACAUCGUAUGUACAAUGCAAUCAUUUCAUACUUUAAACUGGUCAGAAAACUAAUUGUGAUUUCUAGUCUUGCAAAACUGUAUGUAGUUAGAUGAUGUGACAACCUAAUAUUUAUCUAAUAAAUAUGUAUUCAAACAAAACCUGUA